AGUUUAGUGUGAAAGUGUUUGAGCUCGACAACACUGUUAGUGGAUUGCCGCACGAUUAUGUCUGCUCGCAAAGUACGUCAUAUUUUGAACAUCUCAGCUAAGGAGCAGAGGGAGUUCGUCAACUCCUUCGAUGUGGUGAUGUGUGAUUGUGACGGUGUUAUGUGGAUGGUUUCGUCUCCGCUGCCUAGGACGGGUGAAGCGGUGAAUGCGUUGAAGGAUGAUGGCAAGCUGGUGUACUUUGUGUCCAAUAACAGUGAGCGGCCAGAGGAAGAGUAUGUGAAUAAGUUCAUCAGAAUCGGAGUGAAGGAUUUUCAAGCGAACCACAUUAUGUAUCCAGCUAAGUCCAUGUUGUACUAUAUAAAGAAGCACAAUAUAAAGCAGCCGGUAUUCUCAACAUGUAGUGCCGAUGGUAAUGAUGUGCUUCGUCGUGGAGGCGUAGAUGUGAGGACUUUGGACGUCAAAGAAUGCGUUCGACUUUCCAAUUUGAUAAAAAUCACGGAACCGGAACAAAAAAUGGGCGCUGUUUUGUUUGACGUCAACUGCCAUUUAAAUUUUGUGCAAAUGACAGCGGCCACGCGAUAUCUAGCAGACAAAGAUUGUGAUUUUCUUAUGGGUGCUCCUGAUCCGAUACAUAAGCUGCAGACAGGUCUAAUGGUUCCAACUUUUAACGAUUUCUACCUCAUUCUUAAGCGUUUAACGGGACGAGAGGCGAUAAUAGUUGGCAAACCGGCGGUUUCGCUUGGUGAAAUUUUGAAAGACGUCUAUAAAUUGGACGAUCCCAAACGUUGUCUGUUUGUUGGAGAUUCUAUGGAUGUCGAUAUACCUUUCGGUCGGAAUUGUGGUUUCCAAACCCUGCUCGUAUUGAGCGGCAGUACACCCAUAGAGGAAAUGUGGCAAGCAAGUGCGGAGAAUCAGCCUCAUUUUUAUGCGGAUAGCAUGGCAGAUUUUAUAGAAUUAUAUGCUAAUAUAAAUAAAAAUGCUUAAGAAUCUAUUUUGUUCGUA